AUUUAACGUGCAAUUAUUCCUGAUCGAGGCUGUAUCAUUAAUUUCUACACGUUUCUAGAUCGUUCUAGGUUCUAACGUUUUUUAAGAGAUAUCGAGCUCGAAGAUAUUGAGGUCUGAUUUGAAACUUUAUUAGGAAUGAAAUCAUGCAAUUUUUUCGUUGCACUUAAUUCCUUGAUAUCGAAUUACCCAGACAAUUAUGCAUUUUUAUAUAUACUCGUUAUUAUUAUUAAUGUACAUAGUUCUUAGACAAUUCAACGAGUUCGAUGACCAUAGUCAUAAUCUAAUCGCACUAAUACAGAACCAAAUACAGCUUCACCAACGGAAGAUACUAAAUUUAUUAAACGAAGUCAAUAAUUAAAUAGAAUACUCUGAAACUAAAGUAAUAAAAAUUGUAAUUGAACAAUUUCCUUUUUCAAAGCCAAACCCCUUCCAUAAAUGUCACAAGUACUUAUAUCAGGCUUCUUGAGUGACCCUACGUUGGCACGACAACAGUUAAGUGGGCAACAGUUUAUUUUUAACGCAAUUUCUAGCACGCUGACUAUCACCGGAGCAAUUAUACCGGGUUAAAGAAAUUCUGUUUAGCUAACGCGUUCUAACGAGAUGAUAGCUGAGUAGACGAAAGGGCAAAAGUUCGUCGCUGACCCGUGUGUUUGCGACUACCGUUUAUCGAUUGCAGCACACGAUUACUUAGCCGAUACGAAACCGUGCACGGUUUAAUCGAUGCGGUAACGAAGUUGUUGGCGACAUGUCUGCGUAAUUGUAAUCGAAUUUUCAUGGCUCCUAAGGGCGGUGCGCAAUAUGCCAUCGCACAGAAACGAGAAACCAACCCCUCGAGGACUCGAUAGCGCUUCGAUAAAUAUCCUUCGUGCUCUGCGUCUAUUUCCCGAGACAAUAGCACGCGAUGAAGCUCUUACCGCAGUUUCAAUGGACUAUGUAUGAUGCACGUUAAUUAAAAUUCUUGUCUGUUUUCAGGAUAUGGCGGCGACUGGCUACUGGUAAUUCAGAAAUUUGAUUCUGUACGCAGGUUAGUCUGAAAAUUGUGAUAUAAUCGAGAAACGAUGGCUGUCACGGUGAUUAUACUCACGUUAUUAAACUUUUUCGAACGAUUAAGAUAAGAUAAAUCUCACGGAUUAAGAAAUUUCCAACAAUGCGAAUGAUUCCGAUUAAUGAUCACAAAAAGGUUAAUACCUUUUGUUAAAUUUUCUUAUCUUAAGUAUAUUUUCCCAUCUUAAGUAUAAUCACAAAAAGGUUAAUACCUUUUGUUAAAUUUUCUUAUCUUAAGUAUAUGAUAAACUAUAUUUUUUUAAUAAAAAUUAUAUGUACUUUUCUCGUUAGUGAAGUACGAAGCAGAAAAAAGUACUAAAGAAAUUUUUAUGAAUAUUCUUCACAUUCGUAAAUACGCAUUGUCGUCGCAACACGCGUUUAAUUUAAUUGUAUGCAUAACUCGAAACGCAAUUAUGUAAAUUCCUUGCCGCUGUCGUUUCAUUCUGCGUGUAAAAAGCGUAAUCAAUUAAAAAUUACAAAAAUUGAUAAAUUAAAUAUACAUUACUGUAUCGUCAUUUUGUUAUUCUCAUUAUGUAUUAUUUAAUGCUUAUAAUUAUGUAUAUUUCACUAUCGUAAACGAAAAAGUUCUCUAAUUCUUUAUGAUACAUUCAAGAGAUCUCCUUUCCUCCCUCUUGUACUUACAUCUUAUCAGAAACUGUAUAUUUUACAUAUUUUUCAACAUCGUAACAAACUUUUCCUACAAAAGUUUCUUUAUGUAUUCCCUGAAGCGUGCAUCCCUGUUAAAGUAAAAUGACAUUUAUCCUUUCUUGUUAUUUUAUAAAAAUAAAUUUCUCAGUUCUUUGUAAAUAUAAAUAAAUAUUAAGAAAUCAAUUUAAAGUUGAAUGUAGAUUAUACAUAUGCAAAUAGAGGAAUCAUAUCAAGUUGCUGCAUAAGUAACUUCUUAUCGAAUGCAAAACCAGAUUCUUAUUGUCUCUGUAGUAGGUACUUGCCUCAAAUACAAUGUCAUCAUGGAAAAGUAUAAUAAACAUAAUUCAAUUAAUCCUGUGCUUGAUAAUGUUCGUCUCAAGGAUCGCGUAAUUACAUACAUAGAGUAAUAGGAAACACUUGUGUGUACCACUCUACAGAUUCGUCCCAAACAGCUAAUUCAGUACAACUGCGACAAUAGUGUGUUACAUAAUAUAAAUACAACAAACCAGGAACUAGCACACCUGCCACUUCCGUUGCUAAAAAGAUUUAAUUUAAUUCUCUAAACAGGUAUCUUCACGAACUAUCGUGCAACGUACAAAUGGAACGCGAUUCAUAGAUCGUUCGUGAGCUUCGUCGCGGCGUGACUUUAUCUGGCUCGCAAAUUCCUGAGAUUACCGCAUAAUCUUCUCGCAACCGGCUAAUUGGAAUAGAUUAAUGGUUCUGUGUGGGAAGUUUGGUGGUCCGACGUGUACACAGGCAAACGCAUUGGAAUAAGAAUGAACCGAAUCUCUAUUGAUUUACCUGGAAACCAAAUCGAUAUCCGUACGAGGCACAGGGGCUCACUUCGUUGCAGAUCGGCCAACUUUCGUCGGAUCAACGGAGAGACCAGUCAGACUCGUCGAAUCGACCAUCGAAAAAUUCUCCAGUUCGAGCUGCGCGUUUAUGGCGAUCAUCACGUUCCCUUCUUUCGACCAUUUAAUUUCAAAUUUUAGCUUUAUCCUGCUUUAUGUAUCACGAUGACUAGCCAGGAAGGAGAGAAAAUCGUGGAUACGGAAAAUGACCUGGAUCAUGAUAAAGAAGAGCUUACGACCGAAACGAAGGAAGAUAUUUCUACAGCGAAACCACGUGCUAGGAGAUAUCUCACGAAACAUAUGAAAUUAUAUCCGGAAUUGUACAGAAGCGAUGUCUCGAUACAUCCAAGUUAUACUACUCUAAAAAAUCUACCUUAUUACGUGGUCUGCCGACGACGUGUACAGAGGACCAAGAAGCAGAUCAAGCGUCAGCUGAACCGCGAUAUCAUGCACUUUGCGAUGAUGCAGUUGUUCGCCAUCGAUAGCGUCAGGAUCGACCGUGUAUUCAGCGUCGGGAUGCCACCGAAGACAUUGAUUGUCCCCGAUUUGCUAACCGUGAACGAAAGACGUCACAUCAACGAGCUUCUUCGUGACACAUAACGAAACAGCAUCUCAUUGUGCUCCCAACUUUCAUUGUGUACGAUAUGUAUCGACAUGUGCGAUCGAAUAAAAUUUCCAUUGAUACAUUGAAUAAA